GGGCCGCCCGCGACGCCCGCUGGGCUGCGGGGCCGGCCGGCCGAGACGGCGGCGGCCCUCGCGGUUUUGGGCCUCGGCGCCGCAGCGGCGGAACGGAAGGCGGGCCUCUUCGCGGAGGCGGCGCGGCGCCUGGAGCGCCUCGGGCUCGACGGCUCGGCGCCCUGCCGCGCCUUCUGGGUGCCGGGUUGCCUGGAGGUGUCUGGCCGGCACACCGCCGCGGCAGGCGGGCGGGCGGUGCUGUGCGCCUUGGAACGCGGGCUGUGCGCGGUGGUGGCGCCGCGGGCCGACGCGCUGCUGCGUGUGGCCGUGGGGCCCGCGCUGUGCGGGCCCGGGGUCGCGGAG